UUGUUUUUUUCUUCUUUAAGGUCCUCUUACAACUAAUUUCCUUGGACGGUUCAAGAGCAGGGAAGAGAACAUUUAGGGCAAUAAGAAGCAUUAAGUUUAAAAGGAGUUGCUGCUGCCUGCCGCCUUUGAACGCACUUGAAGUGUUAUUUUGGAAGCUUCAGAAAGCACUGGAGCGCGCGCUCUCACCCUUGAAGUGGGAGAAUCCGAAGCUCCUCGGAUGGGAGCCCGCUGGGGCGAGGAGUGAGAGCCUGGGAGGCCGAAAGGGACGCAGGAGAGGGGCUCGCCUGGAGUAUGGCGAGCACAGGAGCCGGGAUUUUCCAGGGCUCGGCGCGCACUGAGACUCGGAGCCCGGGGCUGCAGCUGCUGCGAAGGAGCAAGGCGCUGUCUGGCUCAUGAAGGCCACCUGGUUCCGGCUGCUGAAAAGCGCCAAGGGAGGGAGGCUGAAGCAUUCCGAGAUCUGUGGUUCGGCAGACUCCUACACCAGCCGUCCGUCUGAUUCCGAUGUGUCCUUGGAGGAAGACCGCGAGGCAGUGCGCAGGGAAGCUGAGCGGCAGGCCCAGGCCCAGCUGGAAAAAGCAAAGACAAAACCCGUUGCAUUUGCAGUUCGGACAAAUGUCAGCUAUAGUGCAGCCCAUGAAGAUGACGUUCCGGUGCCGGGCAUGGCCAUCUCAUUCGAGGCAAAAGAUUUUCUGCACGUUAAGGAAAAAUUUAAUAAUGACUGGUGGAUAGGCCGAUUGGUUAAAGAAGGCUGUGAAAUCGGAUUCAUUCCAAGCCCGGUCAAACUAGAAAAUAUGAGGCUACAGCAUGAGCAGAGAGCCAAGCAAGGAAAAUUCUACUCCAGUAAAUCAGGAGGAAAUUCAUCGUCCAGUUUGGGUGACAUAGUACCUAGUUCCAGAAAAUCCACACCUCCAUCAUCUGCUAUAGACAUAGAUGCUACUGGCUUAGAUGCAGAAGAAAAUGAUAUUCCAGCAAACCACCGCUCCCCUAAACCCAGUGCAAACAGUGUAACGUCACCCCACUCCAAAGAGAAAAGAAUGCCCUUCUUUAAGAAGACAGAGCACACCCCUCCUUAUGAUGUGGUACCUUCCAUGCGGCCAGUGGUCCUGGUGGGCCCCUCGCUGAAGGGGUACGAGGUCACAGAUAUGAUGCAAAAAGCAUUGUUUGAUUUUUUAAAACACAGAUUUGAAGGGCGGAUAUCCAUCACAAGGGUCACCGCUGACAUCUCCCUUGCCAAACGCUCAGUAUUAAACAACCCCAGUAAGCAUGCAAUAAUAGAAAGGUCCAACACGCGGUCAAGCUUAGCGGAAGUUCAGAGUGAAAUUGAAAGGAUCUUUGAACUUGCAAGAACAUUGCAAUUGGUAGUCCUUGAUGCAGAUACUAUUAAUCAUCCAGCUCAACUUAGUAAAACCUCUCUGGCCCCUAUUAUAGUCUACGUAAAGAUUUCUUCUCCCAAGGUUUUACAAAGGUUAAUAAAAUCUCGAGGGAAAUCGCAAGCUAAACAUCUCAACGUCCAGAUGGUAGCAGCUGAUAAACUGGCUCAGUGUCCUCCAGAGUUGUUCGAUGUGAUCUUGGAUGAGAACCAGCUUGAGGACGCUUGUGAGCACCUGGCCGACUAUCUGGAGGCCUACUGGAAGGCCACCCAUCCUCCCAGCAGCAACCUUCCUAACCCUCUCCUCAGCCGUAUGUUAGCCACUUCAACUCUGCCCAUCAGCCCGAGCCUAGCCUCUAAUUCACAGGGUUCUCAAGGUGAUCAGAGGACUGAGCGCUCUGCUCCUGCCCGGUCAGCUUCCCAACCUGAAGAGGAACCUUGCCUGGAGCCUGUCAAAAAAUCCCAGCACCGUUCCUCCUCCUCAGCCCCACACCACAACCACCGCAGUGGUGCGAGCCGAGGCCUCUCCAGGCAAGAGACGUUUGACUCUGAAACUCAGGAGAGUCGGGACUCUGCCUACGUGGAGCCAAAGGAAGAUUAUCCCCAUGAACACGUGGGCCACUAUGCCCCGCAUUGGGAUCAGAGCCACAGAGAUGAGAGCCACGGCAGCGGCGAGCACAGACGCAGAGAGGCUCGGCACCGUGCAAGAGACACAGAUGGGGAGCAGGAGCACAGCGAGUGCACCAGGCAGCGGAGUCGCCAUAAAUCCAAGGACCGCUACUGUGACAAGGAUGGAGACGUCACAUCCAAGAAACGGAACGAGGCUGGGGAGUGGGCCCGGGACGUUUACAUCCGCCAAUGACUUUUGCCUUUUUGUGUUUUCUUCCCCUCCGAGUCUUGUAGAACAGCACCCUCCAACAAAAUCUUUGGGGUCUACACUGCAAACGUGAGCUGUCUUGGAUAUUUUGUAUUGCUGUUGCUUGAAUAGCAAUAGCAUGAAAUAAGAGUAUUAAUAGACAUUAUUUGCGUUUGUAAGUGCUGUACGUUGACCUGGUACAGCUGCACUCCUCUGGUUGUACGCCAGACUCUUCAGAAACUGCUGUGCGUAGCUGCCACCUGAACAAAACCUAUUGCCAUCCAGACAAUGUUAGCAUUUUAAGAAAUACGGACGUACCCAGCAAGCCAGAAGCAGCACAGGUCAAAAGUGGAGUUUCCUGUUUUUCCAGAUGUUUAAUACCCUGAUACCUGAUGGGCAUAUUCAUUCAUUCAUGGACCACUGUUUCUCGCUUGUGCCUCUGGCUGACUAAAUUUGGGGACAGAUUCAGUCCUGCCUUACACAAAGGGGAUCAUAAAGUUAGAAUCUAUUUUCUAUGUACUAGUACUGUGUACUGUAUAGACAGUUUGUAAAUGUUAUUUCUGCAAACACCUUAUUAUAAUUAUAUAUAAUAUAUAUACAUAUAUGUUUGACCACACUGUUUUAGUCUUAAUGCCAAGUCAGCAGAUUUGCUUUAUGAAUUACAGGGACUAGUGAUGCCCACCUUCAGGAAAUUUGUAAUAAUAUUGUCUAGACACACAUCUCCACUCAAGUAGAAAGUCUGUACAUACUGUAAAUAUGUGUGAUUGCCUGACUUGAAAAGGUUUGAUUUCUAAAUGUAUACCAUCCUUGUAAGUUUAUAAUUUUAACCAUAAAUUAUGGUAAAUAUAACCAAAUUCCAGAGAUUGUUCUACUCCAUACAGUUCACACUGAUUGUGACAAACACGUUCUUAGUAGCGAGUGUCUGUUAUAGUCACUGCACUGGAACCCGCUGUGUGCGUGUGUCUGUAAGAGUGUGCGCGAGUGAGUGGAAAGCUGAAGACUAAUGAAGAAGAGACUGAAAUCCAAAACUUACCCACCUGGCUUUGUGUGUAACUGUGCUGUGUGCCGCUUGGAUAAUUCAUUGAGCAGUCAGGGAAUGCGAGGAAGCUUGCUGCCAAAGGUAACUAGGAAAGCGUUCAUCUGCUGCCUCUUUGUUUUUACUCCCAGAGAGUAAAAACAUAGGCAAUUUGUACUGUGAGUGUUUCACUGGAAAUGUACAAUCUUUGUGUGUUCAAGUAUUUGUUUUAGUAAGAAACGUUUACACAGCUUGUGGAAUUAUUUCGUAGGAAAAUAAAUUUUUAUAACUUCUCCCACUUCAUUUUCUAA